AAAAUUUUAUUUUUAAUAGCUUUGAUUUGAAAAUCUAAGAAAUUAAGAAUCCAAGAUUUUUCAAGAACCUAAUAGAAUCUAAAUAGAAUCUAUAUUAAACUAAAAGUAAUGAUUAAAGUUUCUCGAAAUUAUCAUUGAAAAAAUUUCGAUCAACUAUGUUAACUGGGAAGAAUAAAACGCUCGUGUAUGACGAGCAAGCCCCUUCGCGGGAAUGCACCGAGCAUUACCUGCUCUUGCUGGAGUUGUACGUGAAACAGGCGUCAGGCGAUCGACUGGCCGAGUUGAAUCAGAUGUUUUUCGUACCUACCAGUAUCCAUUUUGGUUUCCUCGACUUCGUAAACGAGAAUGAUCUAGUGGUAACUCCGGUAGAUCCCCUUUUCCAACCGCAAGUAGGCGUCAUUAAUGAAGCUGAAGUCUUCAAUGUUGGAAAAUCAGUGUUGUUCGCCAUCGAUUCCGAGGCGGCUAUGAACCGCGCUGUAAAAAUGAUUCUAAAAAUCACGGUGAAGAAGCAGAUGCCGGACGCCAUCAAGCCGGAUGUCUUAGUGGGAACUGGCGAGCUGGACUUGUCCGGCCAGUACGCGGCUUUGCGACUGGAGAUGAUGGAGGGCAUGAAAAAUUGCGUCACAACGUCCAAGGAGUUUAAUGGUCAAGUCCCGUUGAUUAACAAUGGCAACUUAUCGGGCAAUUUGGACAUCUUUGUAAGAAUAUCCGGUCUUGGACAGACGAUCGUUACGGAAUUCGACGCACCGAUCGCGCAAGAUCCUUCGACGUUCGUUUUCGGUGCCGGAGAGGCCGAUCAGAUUUUGUACAAGUGUCGCGAAGUGGACUCUCGCACCAUCGAUGCCUUCGAAGAUUCCAGCGAGGAUCUUCAAAAGCCAAUAUCUUGUCCCGUAUGUAUACCAGAGAAGUAUCCUUGUAUACCGUGUGGGAAGUUAGGAGCUGUCGAAGAGAGGGAUGAGAAAAUAAGGAAGAAAGUAGACGAUAGGAUGGCUGAAAGAAAAUUAAAGGAAAUACUAUCAAAGGGCUCCGUUCAAUGUAAUCGCGAUUCGUCUCAGCUUUGCGGCAAACCAGUGGUUCUCAAGGUAUCCGGUUUCUUUGACAACGGCAAUAGCGGGAAAAAACCUACAGUUACGGUUGCUGCGGAAUCCGCCGCAAUGAAACCAGGUAAUCCAUCUGAUCCCGACCACGAUAUUUUUGUCCUGAGAAUCGGUAAGAAGGGUCUCGUCGGGGUCGGUGAAAAAUCUGACAUACAGCUGGAGAUGAAAACUCCGAAAGGACCUGAAAGAAGGCCUCCGAUUAGAUAUGAGACCAGAGAUGUGCAGACAGAAGAAGCACAUCACAAAGAUGAAGAACUACCGAAAGAAAAGAAAAAGAUUAAGAAGAAAAAGUGACGCGCUGCAUAUUAUUCAAAUUAAGGAAAUUAAGUUCUGAUAAUAACAUGAAUUUAUUCCAAGAGAUAAUAUUUUUCUUAUAUUGUCACUUUUCGAUUUUGAUACAACUGUUGUGCAAUAAACAAGUGUUUAUUUAAUUGUA